AUGGAUGUUGUAAAGAAAGAUAUCUCCGAGCGCCCGCCAUCGACUGAUGUUCAGCCUACAAUAGUGUCAUCAGUCGUCCCUGACUUUAAGGAUGUGUCGUCUGAGGACGAUAUCUCGGGCUAUGUGCCAGACACAGAUCUCGAAAAACGACUGGUUCGGAAGUUGGAUUUGCUCAUGAUGCCUACUCUGUGGUUGAUGUGUGUGUUGGCAUAUGUCGACCGAAACAAUAUUGGUAAUGCAAAAACUGCAGGCAUGCAAGAUGCCUUGGAUUUAACGAGCUCCCGAUAUGCCAUGUUGAUUACCAUCUUCUUCAUUGCAUAUGUGAUACUUGAAGUCCCAUCCAAUCUCAUCCUCAUACGUGUGCGUCCCUCAUGGUACCUUCCUGGCAUUAUGAUUGCUUGGGGUGCCUUGGUAGCAGGGAUAUCGCAGAUCAAAACGUAUCAAGGGAUACUUGUCAUUCGGUUCUUUCUCGGAUUGAUAGAGGCAGGAUUCAUGCCUGGAGUCAUGUUUUUAAUGAGUUGUUGGUACAAGAAACAUGAAAUUGGUAUGUUCGUACGAUCAUCUAAAAAGGCCUUCCCGGGUGCAAAUAACUCAUUACAGCCAUUUUGCUGUGAGAUAGGAAAGCGCUUUUCAAUCUUUUUUACUGCUCUCUGCAUUGCUGGAGCCGUUAGUGGUCUUAUCUCUGGAGCCGUCAUCGCGGGCCUCGAAGGGUCUCACGGAAUGGCCGGAUGGCGUUGGCUUUUCCUCCUUGAAGGUGUCAUUACCAUUGGUGUUGCUAUGAUUUGCAUUUACAUACUGCCCAACUAUCCAUCGACAAGUCUUCGAUUCACCCCUGAAGAGCGCCGGCUUGCUGAGAUACGGGUUCUAUACGAUAGAAAACUCCACGAGACGCACCAGAGCAUGAAAAUGAACCCAUGGCAAGCGUUUGUUGCGGCUACUCUUGAUUUGAGGACCUGGUUUUUUGUUGUCUUAUACAUUCUUGACAACGGCGUUGCUACAAUCUCGUAUUUCAUUCCCACGGUCCUCGACGAUAUGGGUUACUCGGGUGAUAGGGCCCAGUGGAUGACAAUUCCUAUCUGGAUUGUUGCAACAAUUUUCCUGGUUGGCGUCUCGCUUUCGUCUGACCGCACGCAAGAUCGGCAAUGGCACAUCUCAUUCGGCAUGGGUGUCGCAACUAUCUCAGGUAUCAUUAUUGUAGCCGUGAAGAACUCCGCGGCCCGUUAUGCUUUUAUUUGCUUUUACAUGGCUGGCGUUUAUUGCGCUUUUCCGUUGAUCCUGAUCUGGACUUCGGAGACACUCUCUCUACCAAAGGAGAAGCGAGCCGUUGCAAUUGCCAUUGUUAAUGGAAUUGGAGAUUUGGCUUCAAUAUACGGAAGUCGUAUGUGGCCUUCAAAUGAUGCCCCUGAUUACAAACCCGGAUUUAUUGCCGUGAUUGUUAUGUGUGGUGCGUGUGGUUUGAUUGCUGCUGCUAUGCCGAUUGUAUUUCGGUACUUACCUCAGAUUAACUCCGAGGUCGAAAGAGAGGCAGAGGUCAUCGAAGUCGCUCGAUCGUUUCGCAGUGAUUUUACCUAUACCAUGUACACAUUCACAGAGGACUAG